CCAUCAAAGAACGUCACCUCAUUUGCUUCUCAUAUCACACACUGCACAGACAUAUCAGAGAGAGAGAGAGAGGACAUGAAAAUGGCUUCUAAUUGUGUUUGUGCCGUGAGUGGUUUCUGGGUCGUGUUUCUUGUUUUGUUGAGGUUAGGUUGCUCGGAGGGACAGAGGGUGCCGGCGGCUUUCGUGUUCGGGGACUCGCUCGUGGACGUGGGCAACAACAACUACUUGCCGGUUUCGUUAGUGAAAGCAGACUUCCCGCACAACGGCAUAGAUUUCCCCACCAAGAAGCCCACCGGAAGGUUCAGCAAUGGCAAGAACUCCGCGGAUUUUCUCGCUGAGAAGUUGGGCUUGCCGACGUCGCCGCCGUAUCUCGCCCUCAUCUCCAACUACAGCGAGAGCUAUUCUUCAUCGCCCUUCCUAACCGGUGUUAGCUUUGCCUCCGGAGGUGCUGGCAUCUUUGAUGGCACCGAUGAGAGAUACCAACAAUCGAUACCUUUGACCAAGCAAGUGGAAUACUACCUCGCGGUGCAUGAAAACCUGGUUCAACACCUGGGAUCGUCGGGUGCAAAGAAGCAUGUCGCCAAGUCCCUUUUCGUUGUAGUGAUCGGAACCAACGACAUCUUGGGCUACUCCGGAUCCUCUAAUCUCCGCAAGCAGCACACGCCGCAGCAAUACGUCAGCCUCAUGGCUUCUUCGCUGAAGGAUCAGUUAAAGCGUCUCCACAAUUACGAUGCACGCAAGUUCGUGUUCGUGGGGCUCCCGCCGAUUGGAUGCUGUCCGUCACAGAGGAACCAGGACAAAACAGCCGCAUGCAAGGAGGACACGAAUUCCUGGUCGCGCAUGUAUAACAUGGCGCUCCUAGCGAUGUUGAAGGGAUUGAAGUCCGAGCUCAACGACAUAAGCUACAGUUACUUGGACACCUACACCGCCGUGCAAAACUUUGUCCAGAAUCCAUCUGCUUAUGGUUUUACAGAGGUAAAAGCGGCUUGUUGCGGUCUCGGUAACCUGAACGCAAUAGUUCCAUGCUUACCGAUUUCACAGUACUGCCCUAACCGGCGAGACCAUGUGUUUUGGGAUCUAUACCAUCCCACAGAAGCAGCGGCCCGCAUAUUGAUAGACAAAGUAUUCCAUGGUUCACCACAGUACACAUACCCAAUGGACGUCCAGCAACUGGCCGCCGUCGAUGUUUAAGCAAAACAAACAACACAAAUUGGAAGAAAUUUCUUUUCAGACAGUAAGAUUACAUACUACAGGUUGUCAAUUGUCAAAAAGCGUUUCAGUGUUUGGGGAUACUUGGGUUAAGAAAAAUCGUUGCUUUUAAAGAUGUCGUUCUGUUGCAGGGUUUUGUAUAUCAGAAGAAAAUGUAUCGUCAGUUAAUAUAAUCUCAAAUUGUUCUUUGCGUUAAUCUCAGAGCAACUGCAAAAAU